UAGUAGUAGCCGGAAUGACAACUAAAAAUAUAAAAAUUGUUGAACCUUUUGAGGUCUUUUUUAGCAAUACAGCCGAAACAGGUUUAGAUGAACCCAGUAAACUAAAAUUGAACUAUCCCCGCACUGUUGAUAAAGAAAGACUAAAAGAAAAGUUGGGAGUUGCCAACCCAGAAAUAAUGGAGCAGGAAAUUCGCUUAGAUAAAUACGGACACGAUUAUCUGAUAUUAAGAAAGGAAUUAGAGACCGGAAAAAAAUAUGAACUAAUUAUUACUACUAGCCAAAGGGGUCAUCAAUUAUUAGUAGAUUUUACCAAGGAGGAGGAAAUAUUUAUUUGGUAG